UUUCUCAUCUGCCCUCUUACCACAACCAUGGCCUUCUCAAGCAGUAGUGGCUCAAGAGUGCUCCAGGCGGCGAACGUGCCGAGCGCGAUGCUGGUGCUCGCUAGCGCGGUCAUCGCUGCCUACGGUGUCUAUGUCUCCAAGAAACGCAAGCUACCUCAACCUCCUGGUCCCCCCGGCAAAUGGCUCAUCGGCAACCUGAAGGACGUUCCGAGGUCAGAACCAUGGCGGGUCUUCGCAGAGUGGGCCAAGAUCUACGGCCCCAUCUUCAUGCUCCGCGUGCCCAACAAGCGCAUCGUCGUGCUCAACACCUUCAAAGCCGUGACCGACCUCCUCGAGUCGCGCGCCUCGAUCUACUCCGACCGGCCGACGCUCUGGAUGUACACCGAGCUCGCGCAGCGCCGCCUCGUCGCCUUCAGCAUCCCCUACACGCACCCGCACUUUCGUUCAUAUCGUCGUCUCAUGACAUCCAGCAUGCGUCCGCGCGCGAUUACGGCGUACCAGGAGCUACAAAAGGAGCAGUCGAGGGUGCUGCUCAGGGGCUUGGCGGCGGAGCCGGGCAAGUUCGUGAAGCAUCUGCAGAGACAAUCGGCUGCCGUCAUCCUCGACCUCGCCUACGGCUGGAAAGUCACAGGCGACGACGACUAUUUCGUGCGCACGCUCGACGAAGGGCUCUCCGCAGGCUCAAAGCUCCAGCAACCCGGCCAGUGGCUCGUAGAGUACCUCCCCUGGCUACGUUUCAUCCCCUCGUGGUUCCCGGGCGCUACGUUCAGGCGCGUCGCCGAGGAUGCCCGGAUACGCUUGCUGGAGCUCGACAAGAUCACGUACCAGUGGGCGAAGAAUGCUAUUGAUACCGGCAAAUACUCGCCCUCAUUCUGCUCGGACCAUCUCCUACCCGAGGACGGGCGCGAGGUCACUCCGGAUCUCGAGCAGAUAGUGCGGUACUGCAGCGCAGGUCUAUAUGUCGGCGGGGCUGAUACAACAGUCGCAGCAACAACCGCGUUCUUCCUCGCCAUGGCGCUCUUCCCCGAGGUCCAAGCGCGCGCACAGGCCGAGCUCGACGCCAUCGCUGGUACAGAGAAGCUGCCCGAUUUCGAGGCAAGGGACAGGACGGAGUACGUGAACGCGCUCGUGCUCGAGUUGAUCCGAUGGGCACCGGUCGUCCCCCUUGGCCUCUCUCACCGCGUGAUGCAGGACGACGUGUACGAGGGCUAUCUCAUCCCCGAGGGCUCGACAGUCACCGCCAACAUCUGGGCAAUCGCCCACGACCCAACGCUCUACCCCUCCCCCUUCACCUUUGACCCCACCCGCUUCCUCGGCCCAGCCCCACAACAAGACCCGCGCAAGAUCGUGUUCGGCUUCGGGCGCCGUGUGUGCCCCGGGCAACACUUCGCCGAGCAGGCUAUUUACUUGACGGUCGCGAAUGUGCUCGCGGCGUUCUCGAUCGCUCCGCCGCUGGAUAAGGACGGGAGGGAGGUGAAGCUGGUGUAUGAGGCUGCGAAUGCGGGGAUUGUUACCCAUCCGAAAGCGUUCGAGUGUCGCAUUGUUCCUCGGAAUCGGGAGCUUAUUCCUUCGGUGUCGGAGUAGGGGUAGUGGGAGACGAAGGCGGUCUUUUGAUUGUUAUAUGGUGCGGAGAGCUCCAUUUUCACUGCUCUGAUCUAGUAUUGCGACUUUGUGUCAUUUCAGAUGUAUUCUACAAUUGUAUUCAUAUCGAUUGACCAGUUUCUGCUCACGUGGGGUAAGAAUCUCCGUUUACUUUGGGAGCCCCGUCGGAGUGCGCAAAUGCACUGGGAGGGUCAGAGUCCCUAACAUGGAGAUAGCAUGGAGUUAGGGAUGGGCGAGCCCGUGAAUCACUCAGAACUACCAGCCUGUUAGUUCUUCGAGCAAAAAUAAGCAAUGACAAACCUCAGUUCUAGUCUCACGGCUUACAAGUUAUGUCUGAUAUUCGAAGGUGUAGGUAGCGUGCAUAUCCAAGCAAAAUCAGUCAAUAG